UUCACGACCUGAUUUGUUUGUUUCGCAUCUUACACAGUGGCGUUUCAUUAUCAGAAUGAAUUUUCCAACGUUCUAUAGAUUAACGUGUGCGCGAAUGAAUAAUACUUCCAUGUUAGGAGGUUAUGUGACUCGUAAUAUCGUAACAGUCGCUGAUCAUAAAAUAAAAUGGGUUCGACCACCGAGAAUUCCCGAAGUAAAACCUGAACACAGUGGUGAUUUAGAAUUAAAUGUAUCGGUAAAACCAACUGAUACGCGACUUUAUUAUGAGCAGUCGAAAGAAUGGGAUGAUGCAAGCGAUAUCGUGAAGAAUAUGUUCACCUUGAAGCAUCAACGUAACAUAGAAACCAGAAAUUUAAAGAGAGAAAAAACAAUUGCACUUGUCAAGCGGCAUAUAUGCGAUCGCGGUUCUGCGGAAGCCAAGAUUGCAGCAAUGACAAGUGAAAUUCAGCAUAUUCAGGAACAUAUGGAACAACAUCCAAGAAAUAAACCCACAAAACAAUUCUUAAAAGAAUUAAUUGAUAAAAGAAAAAAACAGCUGAAAUUAUUACGUAAAUGGGACUACAGACGAUAUGAAUGGGUUCUCGAACGUUUGAAUCUUGUUUAUAAACCUGAUCCAGAAGUACCUGGCCAAGUAUCAAGGAAAGAAUCAUUGAGAAUAUUAACGCAACAACAUUGCGAUAAUAUUAUUCAAACCAAAUUAAAUGCGUAUAAGGACGAAUUAAACAAACAAAAAAAAGAUUUCUAUCUGGAAAAAGCUGAAAAAUUGGCGUUCAUUUUAAAGGAAGAGAAAGAAUGCGGUUUAGAACCAUCUGUAACAGAAGAAGAAAUUGAAGCAUUACGGAAAAAAGUAGAAGAGCUAUAAGAUUUAAUUUAUAAUC